AGAAACAAUGAACCGCCCGGAGCUGGAUUAUUAUGCGGUGUUGGAUCAGCCGCGGGGAGCUACAAAGGAGCAGUUGACCUUGGCCUAUCGCCGUCUGGCCAUUCGUCUUUGUCCACAUCGCGACAAAAAGGAUGAGCAGGACUUUGUGCCCCUGGCCCAGGAGGGUCGGCUCACCCACCUCUCGCCCAUGGGCGAGCCAAGACAGUGGGCGUACAUCAAUAUGGCCUUCGAUGUUCUGGGCAACGAUCUCUACCGAGCCAUAUACGAUCGGUAUGGAGAAGCGGGUCUCUUUGAAGGGGUGAUGCUGCCGAACGGGUACUUUCCGCCGUAUCAGUACGAUGGCGAUCACAUGAAGGUCUACGAGCGAGUCUUUGCCAGCUACUCGCCAUACGCCAAUCUGAUAGAUGCCAUCGCCAAUCCUCCAAGCUUGUAUGCCAGCCGGCAGCAUGGCAUAGGUGUGCGUUCCAAGGAUGCCAACACGGAACGGAUCAUACAACUGUCUCUGGAAGAAGUUCGCACGGGGUGUGUGAAGCUGAUGAAUGUGUGGCGCCAGGAAAUUGUGGACUCGAAGGAGUCGCGGAUGGAAAAGCGGAAGCACACCCUCAAGCUGAAUAUUGCACCGGGAACCACAGCCGGAACUCGCUUCUGUUUUAAGGAGGAGGGCGACCGCUAUCCCGCCACCAUUCCGGGUGACAUCAUCUUCAUAGCCGCCGACAAGCCGCAUGACAUGUUUGAGCGGAGGAACCUCCACGAUUUGGCCUAUCGCCACGAUAUAGACUUGUGCCAGGCCUUCACAGGUUUCACGUUCUUCAUCAACACGCUGGACAAGCGGCAGUUGAAGGUCGUCAUCUCGGACGUUGUGCAGCCGGGUUACACCAAGGUGAUUCCUCUUGAGGGGCUGCCCAAGUGCCGCAACAUGGACGCGGUGACGGCCAUCAAGGAGGCCAACAAGAAAAUUGAGCAGUUCGGGGAUCUCAUCAUUGAAUUUAAUUAUAUUUUUCCCAAAUACUUGACACCGCAGAUGAAACACAUGGCUCGGGAUUUCUUCCGCAGCUUCCGCAAACUGGAGCUCGAGCUGGAGGAGGAGGAGGAACGCAACAUAGCCAAGUGUUAAGUGACUGUGUGUGUGCCAUAAGCACACUUUAAAUUAUGCGUAUAAUGAAAAUAAAUGAUUGGGAAUCAAUAUUCACAUUUGGCGACGAUAA